AUGAUCUGCCCAAAGUGCAACGAUGUUGUUGAGGAUUUUGUGUUGUGCAAUAAGUGCGGUGGACAGUACCACUAUGUUUGUGCCGGGGUUUCGGAGCUUAGCUACAGAAAAAUGGGAGUGGAAAAAAAAGCCGGCUGGCGGUGCAUUACUUGCCGUUCACCUCAACUCACGGAGACACACCCCUCUUUGUCAGACGUGUUAAAAGAGAUAAAAAGUUUUCGUAACGAUUUUAGCACGAUGAAGGUAGAAUUUACUAACAUAAAAUCUGAUAUUCAAUGCACCAUGCAACAUAUAAAAGAAUUGAGCAGCAAACUUGACACAAUGGAAGGUCGAUUUAUUGAAUUCGAUCGUAGAUUGACCUCUUCAGAGCAAAAACUAUCUACGUUAUCCAUUGUGCAAAAAGACUUAUUAUCGACACAAAAAACUAUAGCUGAAUUAAAAGCGCAAAAUAAUUCACACGAUCAAUAUUCGCGACAGAACAACAUAGAAAUUUCCGGUAUACCGACAAAGAAAGGUGAAAACGUCUAUACAAUAUUAAAUGACUUAUGCGCAACUGUGGGUUUUCAACUGAGCGAUCAUGAUAUCGAUUCUAUACAUCGAGUUCGUCCAUACCCAUCGAGUAGGACGGAAAGCAACAAUGAACCUACUCGGCCGGCGUCUAUUAUAGUGCGGUUUUGCCAGCGGCGGCGCAAGGAUCAGCUGAUCGCAGCCGUGCGCGCGCGCGCCGCGGCCUCACCACCGCACACAUCGGACUGCCCGGCCCGGCGAGCACCGUGUACAUUGAACGUAAGAGGAUUACGCACUAAAUCACACUCUUUCUUAGCUAAUGUUCUACAGAGCGACUACGAUUUAAUUGUCUUGACCGAAACCUGGCUAACUCCGGAUUAUCACGAUGCAGAAUACUUCCAUACCAAAUACAUUGUUUUUAGGCAAGAUAGGAAAUCCACAGACGGGCAGGGCGCGCGGGGCGGCGGCGUGCUCAUAGCGGCACGACGCGAACUGCGCGCGCGGCCCCGGCCCGAGUGGCGCUCGAGGCCCGCCGCCGAGGAGCUAUGGGUGACGCUCGAGCUUGACGCCGCCACGACCGCUGCGGUGGGGGCCGCGCGCCCCUCCCGCCCCGCGCCCCGACCCUGUCGCGCCGCUAACGCUUCCUCCAACUUGCAUGUAGCUUGCUGUUACUUCCCGCACGGUAACAAUCAUUCUGAAUCUUUACAAAACUUUUACGACAACACAUUUGACAUUUUGCAAAAUAAUCUAAAUGAUAAUUUUCUAAUACUUGGAGAUUUCAAUAUUUCUAACGCUAGUUGGGAUAGCUUUAACGAUUCGACUCAAUCAUUUAAACUAAGUACAAAUAGCGACGGCUUAGCGGGGGACUUGUGCGAUUUUAUGAAUUUAUCCAAUUUUAGGCAAUACAAUGGCUGUGUAAAUAGCAACGGACGAGUUUUAGACUUAGUACUUAGUAGCGAUAAGUGCACUGUGUCCAAUUCUACCACACCGUUAACCCCAGAGGAUGCGCAUCAUAAAUCUUUAGAUAUAACUCUCAAUCUACAAACGCAUGCUUUUAUACAAAACGUAAAAACGCGUCUCAAACUAAUUUAUCAUGCGGCUGAUUUUAAAGCGAUUGGCAAAGAAAUAUCGCGAGUCAAUUGGAUUGCUGAUCUAGCCACCUUAAAUACCGAAGAAUCCUUCAUCGUAUUCGCUCUGUGCGUGGCUGUGGCCUCCGCCGCCACAAUCCCAGUAGACUCCAAAUCAGCUGUCAUCACGAGUCAAGAGUUUGACAACAUUGGCGUCAAUGGAUACAAUUACAAAUAUGUGUCCAGCGACGGCAAGUCCGCUUCAGAGGAGGCUGUCCUUAAGAACCCAGGCACUGAAACGGAAGCUAUUGAAGUACGUGGUGUUUUCUCUUACGUCGGCAACGAUGGCGUCUUAUACGAAGUCAAGUACAUCUCCAACGAAAAAGGCUUCCAGCCUCAAGGCGCUCAUCUCCCUAAGGCG